UGUCAACAAACACAAAUGAUUAUUGGAUACGCAUCAAUAGUUCUAAAACUAUGUAGUAUGGGAUUGAUGUUAGCUGCUGGGGGGCUUUGGGCUACCGCUUCAGUGGAGACGCGGCCUAAACAUUGGGACGAACAGACUUUAGUGGGGGGCACGAUAUGGAGCCAGGUGAUAAUACCUUUAGGGCUGAUGAUAUCAACAAUUGUUGAUGAUAGCCUCGACGAGUUUGUGCAUGGAUACUUCUUGCUAUCUGGUCUUGUGCUCUUGACUUACACUGGGACUAUUCUGGUUAUUGACGAGUAUAAAGCAAUGCAAAGGAGAGUACAACGUCAGGAACAACUACCAGAAAAUCCAACCCCUCGCCCGAUAAUAGCAUCCUACGACAGAAUAUAUCUAGGAAUAGGGAUCCUAACAGACCUCGCCGCAAUUUUUACCCUUAUCGACUUAAUGUUAUUGUUAAUCACAUGAAUCGAAUUAUAUAAUAUAAAAAUGAUAAUAUCA